GGUAAUGACCUGAAUGAAUUGAAGGACAAAGCGAAAAAAGCAAAUUCCGCUUACAAAUGGAUAAAAGAGAAUUGGAAGAAAAUUUUUGUAAUCAUCGUUGCGAUAUUUGCAUUAAUUGUUGUCGUGGGGAUCUACCGGAGGUGUUUCUCUGAUUCAGGGUAAGUUGAAGUCUUUAAAAUGACCGUCACAUCAUACAUAUAUUCAAGAAGUAGGACUGACACAGCGGGCACUGACAUACAAGAAACGUCCAAAUCAUGCACUGAAGGCACACGUACCAACUCCACGGUAUGGCCAGUACCCUACGCAUGCGCACAACCAUAUCACCCCGGCAGUGGAUAGGACCAGUUAAUUUGAUUUCGUGAAUCUGUGUUCCACUUCAACUUUGUUUUAACUUCCCCGGAUAGCUUUUUGGUGCCGCGCCGACACGAAAAGCUAUUCGGUAUAAUAUGAAUACCUAUCCGGAUAUGUGACUCUCCACUUUAGAGUUCGGUGUAGUACAACUUCGCUCCGUUACAGAAAUCGCGCCGAAAUCACUAUUUUAUGUUUGGACAGAAGCCCUGUUCGGUAUGCUCGUACAUUUUCGUACCGGCGCGAAUGGUAUAGUGUGAACAAAUCGUUAGUAUUUAAAGGGGCUGUGUCACGGCAGUCCAGUACAUUUUGUUUAAUUUUGCCAAUUAUCGCCCUCAAUCGCUAUGGAACUUAAAGUAAGCAAAUACAUUACAUGUAAAUGACAAAAUCUGAGAUCCGAGACAAACAAAUAUGUCUCCCGAGCAUUUUUUUUUGAAGUUGCAAGAAGCAGGGAUCAACUUUGAAAAACUGUUAGGCUGAACAUUAAUCCGUUUCAAUCUUCUUCAGUUUUGCCCAUCCGUGGCAUCUGUUGUUUCUGUUAUGUCAUUUUAACCUUCCUUUAAAGUUUUAAGCGGUUAUUUUUAUGUUUCUCUUAAUUUAACGGGCAUUUUGUAAUUUCCUAAUUAAGCUGAAUUUCGUGACACAGCUCCUUUAAAGACUGCGUAAUGUUGCGUGUCAGGUUGUGCCAGAAAAGAAAAUCAGAAAGUGUCCAGCGAUCAUUGGGUAAUUCGGUGUAAGGUCUAACUUUUAGAAUGAGUACCACAGAAAGAUACCUGUAGAGUUUCCGCUCAAGAUUGUCAGUAAAUUACCUAAAUCGAUUGCGGGAGGAUGAUGAUGAUGAUGAUGAUGAAACUUUAUUAAGGUGUCUAAAGAAGCCUCCUAGCUUAGGUUAAAAAACCUAUGCUAAUUAGGGGACACAAAAUAAAUAAAUAUAAAUAUAAAUAUAAAUUAAAGUAUUUACAUAUAAGCGCAGGUAUAAAAAAAUUAAUGACCUUAACAAUAUUUACAGUAUGACAAAUAUGUCUAUGAAUUGCAGAGAUGACAACACUUGCAUCCAUUAUCCAUUAGUGUAACUAUAUUUAAUGUACGUAUUUUGUUUUUGAAACAUUUUAAGGUGGUAACUUCUCUCAAGUCUGGAGAUAAUUUUCCCCAGAGAUUGGGCCCCAAGUGGCGGAGGGAGUGCUUGCCAUAUGUUACCGUAUUGUACCUGGCAGCGGAGAAAUCAGACUGCCUUAAGUUAUACUUAGAUCUAGGCUCAAUAAAAAUGUCACUGAUAUAGGGGGGACAUAGAUUGUUCUUGGCUUUAUACAUUAAAACGCAAAUGUCUUGUAGUCUUCUGUUCUGUAAACUUGGCAGUUCUGCUCUUUUUAGAAGUUCAGGGUAGCUAACAUUGUUCCUAAAAACAGCACGCAGGCCCCUUUCUUGCAUCCGCUCGAUUUUACGAGAAUCAUUGGCUCGGCAAAAGUGCCAUACAAGGUGGCAAUAUGUAAGGUGCGGCAAUAUUGCUGUUUUGAAAAGCAUAAGUUUUGCAUUCGUCGGAAUCAAGUUUCUAACUCUCAUAAGGACGCCAAUUUUCUGACCGGCAAUUUUACAGGGAGGAUUUAAGUCCUUCUUCACUUGAUCGAUAUAUACCUCAUGACGAAUUACCCUUGGAAUUUAAUGACCAUCUCUCCUAAAUUGUUGCUGUCUCUUGUUUUUGUUUAGCUUAAUAACAUGUACCCUUUUAAGUACCGAGACCUUCUCUUACCACGACUCGAGAACUGGAGUAACUUUUAACUGGCCGUAAAACCUUCAGCGUAACCUUCGCCAUUCCUAAACCGAGAUUAGUAACUUCGUUAAAUAGUUUUCAAAAAAGAAUUUUAGUACAUUUUAAUACAUUAUUAAUAUUUUGUCAUUUCUUUCUCAGCUCUGAUGAAGACGACGUUCAACCCAACAUUGUCGUUUUAAAAAUGCAAAAGCCAGACCCGAAAGGCAAUGGUGAAUUUGACGGCCCGAUCAUAAGGGAAGGGGUCACUCACGGAAGUAAUGAGGGCACCAAGGAAGGAAAAGGUCUCCAAAAAGGCACUCAUGACUCUGAGAUCAAAGGUCCCACAGGUAAAAGGGUCGAAGACAAGGUGGCAACUACGGGAAAAGCUCGAAGCCAAACCUUAAGAGCCUUAGCCACGUCAAGAAACGGUCAUUGCAAAGACGUAAGAGAUUUCGCACCCGCGACUUCAAACUCUUUUUUUAAAGAUGACGGAUUUCAUCGUUUUGAGAUGGAUAGUAUUCCUGUUUCUGGAUAUACUACUUUUCAGCAAAAAGACUUUUCUUUGCUCUACUUUUAUUUCUCUAAGCAGCUUUUCAAAGUGAAAGCACAGGCAGACCAACUAAUCAUCCAACCUACAAUGAUCUGGCAGGGAAGCCUGAGCAAAGGUCCAUUUCCAUUCUACGAGGAAAUACCAUUGAUAAAAAUGUUGGUAAUGUCGUCGAAAGCGAAAUACUGUGACGAUUAUGUACCAGUUGCUCACACAAACACCAACAUACCCUUGACUGUUUCACCUUAA